AUGGCGGCGUCCAGUAACGCGGAGCAUUCUCCAGAGAUAUCGACGCCGUUGAAGAUCCCGAAAACCGAGGUGCCAUCCCCCGAGUCGGAGGAUUUGAGUGACAGCAAUCAAUACCACUCCAACCCCCCGACCCCGAACCGCUUCUCGCCUCUGAACGUGGGCUCGGGGGCCGCGGGCCGGACGGCGGCCUCAUCCUCCAACAGCUUCACCGCUUGCCGCGGGAUGUCGUGGACCCCGUCCGAGACGAACGCCCUCAUCGCGGUGUGGGGCAACGAGCGGCUGACGGAGGCGCGGAUGCAGCAGCUGGAGGUGGCGGGCACCGUGUUCUCCGGCAAGGCCCCCGGUCCUGCCAUGUACGAGCGGGUGUCCAGAGCCCUGUCGGAGCUGGGCUACGAGAGGACCCCCUCCCAGUGCAGGGAGAGGAUGAAGGUAAAUGAGACACUCCGCCGCUGUUACAGCCGUGUGAAGGAGCAUGGCAUCGGCAAAAGGAAGAGCAGCUACACUAUUGAGCAGCUGGAGAAAGUGUUUGGUCAGGGAGGCUGGGACUCCCAGAGCUGUGCUCCGGUGCUGAUCAACAGCAGCGGCCUCUAUCAGGAGAUGGAGUCUGAUGGCAGCACCCUGGAAGACUUCUCCCAGGAGGACUGGUGCAACCAGGUGCUGGACUCGGCUUUCCAGGAGGGAGACAUGGAGACUGACGAAAUCCAGGUGCCUAAAAACAGAGCUCUGCAGAUUCAAGCAGAGCUGUCAGAGCAAACUCAAAAAAGGGGCAUGAUGCAGACUGUGAUGCGUAUCCUUGAGUCAGUGGAGCUGAAAUGGGAGCACUUCCAAACGUGGACUGAGUUCUCACGGCUGCACCUCUCCAACAAAUUGGCCAUCUUUGGCGUGGGCUACAACACGCGCUGGCGUGAGGACGUGCGCUAUCACUAUGCUGAAAUCAGCUCCCAAGUGCCACUGGGCAAGAGGCUUCGCGAAUACUUCAACCCAGAAAAGCCUGAGGGCCGAAUCAUCAUGACCAAAGUUCAAAAGAUGAACUGGAAGAAUGUCUACUAUAAGUUUCUGGACAUCACCAUCAGCGAGGCCCGCUGCCUGGAGCUGCACAUGGAGGUGGACUGGAUCCCUGUGUCCCAGUCCAGGGCAGCAGGUGGCAGCAAAUGCACAUGGCACUACCUCCUUCCUGGGGACAUCCCUAAGGCAUACGGACUCUACGCUAUCGGCUAUGUGGCAGUGUCUUGCUCAAGCGACACUGGUCUGACCUCUCCCCAGGGUGACAGCGAAGACCACAGCUUACCUCAGUGCGAAUCAGAAAACUGGGCUCUGAGUCAGGCUGAUGGAGAAGGAGCAGGGCAGGGUGACAGGACUGGGGCUAAAGUCACUUACUGCUACUUGGGCAUAGCUGAGGAUAGGACCGUACAGCAGUGUCUCUUCCAGCACUUUCAGGGUUCUGCCAAACACCACGUCCAUGGUGAACCCUCUGCCAUGACGCAUUUCCUGCAGGAGAACUGCCAGGGCGGUGUCACGAGUUGGGACGCGGGAGGCAACGACUUGUCGCAGCGGUUUUCUAUUUACAUAAAAUUCAUUGAGGUGGAGCUGGACUUCCUCUCAGCAGGGUCCCUGGUGGAGUGCCUCGAAACCGCUGUGGGUUAUCCCUUGAAAUACAACAACAGAGAAUCAUCAUAACUAUACACCACAACAGUGUUUAUGACUUGUGCUCACUGAAGAUUUAUGUAACAAGUAUAACAGCCAGCGAGGCAACAUGAAAGGUGACCAACUCUGUUACAAAGCAUGGAUGUGUUCAGGAUUCUGGCAUAUUUUUGCUGUUUCUUUUGAGCUGACUUUUCUUUCUUUCUUAUUACUUCUAAAAAGAAUGACAGUGCACAUUAUGUCAGAUAUGUUGUGUGGAAACACGGGAACAGUAGGUUAACUAUUGAAGUAUGUACUUAUUAUUUUUCUGCUAAUGUGCACUACAAAUGUUUUUGCUGCUUGUUGAGUGUCAAUGAACAUUGCUUCAUCAUGGAGCGGGGGAUUGGCAAGGUGACUAUUGCAGUAUGCAUCUGUCUACCUCAGUAGGAUGUAGCAAACCGGGCUGUGAGGGGACCAUAGCGUGGAUUUAUUCUUCAACUGCCUUCACUUUGACUGUUGAAAUCUGGACCUGAAUUCACAAAUGGUUUAUUUACAUCUUAUGUUUUUGUUGCAAGUGUAACUGGGCUGCAGCUAGAGGAUGCUUCUAUGCAAAAUAGGGACAAAGGGUAACAAAUUUGUAUUGGCCAGUGUGUAUAUGUUUACCCAGCAGUGUGAACAUCAGACGCACUCUGCAGCAUCAUGCUUUUCACUCUGUUUCAGCUCAGCACAUGGAACAACACAUGUCACUUUAGUCUCAACGUGUUAUGUCCGAAUCCAAAUGGAAAAUGACCGCCAGUGUCAGCUACUGUAAAAAGGAUGAGAUUUAAAUCACAGCGUCUUAACCACUUCCUGCUGUUUGAAUGUCAGCUGGCCUCAUUGGCUCCCUGCACUCCAUUUAAUCCUGUUUCCUGCCCUCAACCAGAUGUUAAAAAAAAAGUCAUGGCAGAAUGUCCACAUUUAAGCUGUCUUGGUUAUUUUGAUGUGUCUUAUUUACCCUGUUGCAUGAUCUUCCAAUGAUCUAAUGCACAUUCAAAUACUUGAAUAUGUUUGCGGUUUCAGAGUUUUGCUCCAGCACAAGCAAAGUCUGUUGUACACAUUCCCUUUGCUUAAUAUGAUCAAAUACUGCCUGAACAGAAAGGACAUCAUUAAUUGCUUCUUCUGCUAAACAUCACUAAUAAAACACUGGAUCGUAAAUAUACUAUUAGACAAUAUGUAUUGGGAGCCAGUACUCUGGAGCAUCUCUAGCUGCACUCAUGGAUUUGUGUGUCAGUACAAAGCUGUGUUAACAAGUUACCAGCUCCUCUCAGAUACUGGUGUUUUAAAUACACCAUUCUUACAGAAAAUACAGAAUGUGCAGGUGUUUUGUGAUAAUCUGCUCGUGUUCAGGUGUAAAUCAAGCCUAUGAUUUCAGGUCAGGUUCUGACUAUAAGCUGCAGAGGUUAACUCACAUUUAACCAAUAAUCAUACUGAGUUCUUUCUGAACAUGAUUCCAGAGAUUAUGUGCAAUGUGCCAGGAAAGACUGUGGAGAAAAAUCAAACGAUGGAGAAGUCCACGAUGAAUCGAUGUAUAUAAAAUCUACCUUAUAUAUCUAAAAUAUAUAUUUAAGAUUAUCAAUGUUCUUGAGCAUUCCGGCUUUUGCAAACUUGCAGUGUUCAUUUGUUUGGGUAUACAGCAUAUUAAGAUGAAUAUAAUAUUUUCUAAUUUAUUGGUUGACACAAUGUCUUGUAUGUGAUUGUUUUGAAGUCACCGUCUUGUAUGUUUACAUGUUUAAAAAACAAUAAAUGGGGCACUCACUGACAUUUGCCACACAGUGGAAA